AUGGCGGCCACCACUCACGACCGCGAGGUGCAACUGGCGAUUAUUCGGAGCGAAAUUGAGGCCUCACCACUCCUCACUGAACACGUGGAGGCGCUGUCGGAAACGUGUACCCUCGUGAGGGAAUUCGCGAACAACUCUGCGAUGUUCCCAAAGGUGCUUUCACUCUUUGCACCAGACAACGCUGAUCGCUACAGCGGCAUUCGGUACGCGCGGCGCGAUGGAAACUGCUUCUUCCGCUGUGCCGUCUUCGCCCUGCUGGAGGCUCUGCUCCGCGAUAGGGCGCUGGCGGCGAGGUACCUAGAACUGGCCAGGGAGCUAACCAAGAAGCUAAAGAGCGACUACGGUGACUUCGUUGAGGACUUCUGCGACGCGGCGAUUGCCGCAAUUUAUGAAAUCGAGUCUGGAUCCUGUACGACGGCGGCGGAGCUGUAUGCACUGGCGACUUCAAGGGACGCGGAGUACAUGCUUUACUUCUACCGCUACGCCGUUUCCAAUUACAUACGUGCCCAUGGGGACGACUUCCUUCCGUUUGUCAUGGGACUUAAUUACGAAAGCGUCGAGGAAUUUUGCCGGGCAGAAAUUGAUGCGGUGUCAAGCGAAAGCGAUCACAUGCAGGUGGUGGCGUUCGCCAGGUGCUUCGAUGUGCGCAUUGUUGUGGAGUACUUGGACGGCAGCGCGGGUACGUGCGCCACGCGCCACACCUUUGCCAGCGGCUCGAGCGACGCCAACGACGACGCGUGUAUUGUACUGACGCUGUUGUACCGCCCGGGGCACUACGACCUCCUGUACAAGUGA